AUCAUUGUAUACGGAUAUCACAAUUUCAUUGUCAGGACUAACAAAAAAACAGUCAGUCUUCCGUCCCUCCCAGACUUAUACAGAAACUGAACUCAGAUAAAAGAAAUCACCUCCGAGUAUAUAUUUCAUUUGUAUUACCCAAUAAAGGCACAAUAUUUUUACAAAACACAAAAUUUAAUUCAAUAUGUGUAUGGGACGACACAAACAUGCAUUUAGUUAUUUCUAGUGGUGGGAGAUUGAACUAGUUGUAGUACUUUCCAGUGGUUAUUUCGAAUUGUGAGCAACUAUCGAGUAAUGGAUGAAAACGAGAAGAAGGCAAGAGAACUGAUUGCUGAGGCACAAAAGAAGAAUAAAAAAGGGUUCUUUUCUUUUGGUUUGGGAUCUUUCUUCACUUUUCAUUUUAGUUCGGACAAGACAGAUGAAGUGAUAUCAUUGUAUGAGAAAGCGGGAAAUUGUUUUAAGAUGGCACACAAUUGGACUGAGGCCGGUAAUGCAUUUCUAGAGGCUGCAAACCUAAGUUUGAGCCAAAAGUCAAAGCAUGAUGCAGCUACGCACUAUGUGAACGCAUCACUAGUUUUUAAGAAGGAUGAUCCAAAAAAGUCUAUUCAAUGUCUCACUAAAGCGAUCGAAAUAUAUACUGAGAUGGGUCGGUUUACUAUAGCUGCAAAACACCACAUGACUAUAGCUGAAAUCUGUGAAAAGGAUUUAGUAGAUAUUGAACAGGCGAUUCGUCACUACGAACAGGCAGCUGAUUAUUACAAAGGUGAAGAAUCUAGCAGUUCAGCGAUGAAAUGUCAGCUUGCCGUAGCUCAACUCGCCUCUCAGUUGGGACAAUGUGAUAAGGCUGCUAACUUGUUUGAAGAGGUAUAAUUGUUAAGUUGCUGUUAUUCAUAUCUUAAUAUCGAAACUUUGUUUGGUAAUUUUUGUCAUUAUGUUGAUAUAAGGAUAUUGAUAUAAGGACUAUAGUCACCACUAUCGUCCCUAUGGUUACUGCUGGAACUAUACUGUUAUUAUUGUUGUUAUUUUCAGCAUUAUUGUAUCCAAAAUAAAAGUAAAUAUAAUAAGAAGUUUAAAAUGUAUACUCAGCACUAAAAUUUACAAGAAGCUUCGGAAGAAUAGUUGUUUUAUGAAUCUUGUGCUUUACGGUAAGGUAGGUCUACGACCUCCAAGGGACGUGUGCUCUUUAUGAAUCUUGAAUCUGUCUUGUUUAAUAUAACAAUCAGUCGUAUUAUAACGAAAGCCAUUGAGUGAUUAAAAACAAUGAGAACGUUUCGGUAAAGAUCUUUUCAGAUAUUUUUUGAGAUUUACGAUCGUGUGUGUAGGUAAUUUUUACAUACAGUAGUCUAUAACAAGGUGGAAGAGUGUUAUGUCUCUAAAAAAUCACCAAAGAUAGUCAAUCGUUUCCAAGUAUUGAGUGUAAAAGACCACAAAAAAGAAGUGUUGCACCACUUAAUAAAGCAAUCAAAAGAUUUCAGGUAUUGUAUAUAAAAGUCUGUUAAUAGAAGAGUGUCAUUUCAAAAUAACUAAAGUUACCCGAGGUUCCCAAGUAUUGAAUCGAAUCGAUGUUGCAUCAUUUAGCGACUUUGUCAAAAAUUACCAAAGGGUUAAGUUAUGUAAUCGUUUCCGAGGUAAUAAGAAAUAAUAAUUUAUACAGUAAAUGCAGAAGACAACUGUCUACUUUACAAAGGUGAAGAAUAAUGUAAUUGUUAUCACUUACAGUUUGUAAGAUUGGGAAGGAGGAAUAAUAAUAAGAAUAUUGGAUUGAACAUGAUUUUUGUACACAGAUCAGGUUUGAAAUGGCAAAUCGUUAUGGCUUCACGUGUGCACAAAUUCCUCACCCAAACCUUCAAACCCGUGCUUUAAACUUUGUAGUUGGUUCUAAACAAUGAUUUCCGUAGUUGUAUUUGACCAAGGGCGACCAUGUAUUCAAGGUUUGAGUUGUUGAUUGAUUUGCAUUCUGUUCAGAUAACCCACUGAUUUGUGCGAAAACAUACCUAGAUUACCAUAGUUAAAAACAAUUCUUGGACAAGUAAUUAUGGAUCUAGUGAGAAGGCAUGAUCAGUGGAGUUCAACCAUGCUGGAUAUGAGGCAGGUAACCAUGAAAAAUAAUGGAAGAUUUUCGUGCAAUGUUGUGAAUUAAUUGAAGUUAGACAUUAACGCCGUUGGUUCCUGGCUCAGUUGUCUAGUGGUUGACCGUUCGCGUGCGAGACCUAAGGUCCCUUGGUUCGAUUCCCGUGUUCAGGGCCGUGCAUGCGCACUGCUGAGGAGUCCCAUAGUAUGACGAAACAGUUGUCCAAUGCUUCUCAGUGGUUGUCUAACAUUGAUCGGUUCAUGAUUUCAGUGAAAGUUCAGUUGCGAUUGGGUUGAUCAAUACUGUAAAUAUAGGAAAAUAUACUUGUCGAUUAACAUUAUAUAUAACUCCAUCUAUCAUUUUAUUAGCAACUGAAGUUGUUUAUAAUACUUUAAGCACACUGAUAUUGUUGCUCAUCCUUCUAUAAAGUAUGAUACAUUCUAAUUAGCGCCUACUCUUGUAGUCCAUUUUCAGGUAUGUGACAUCCAAAUUUAUUUUUAUUUAGUAUCCUAGAUCCAUAGACAAGUCAAGGUUAAACUCAUAAUUACCUAUUACGUUAUUAAUAUUUCUCUUGUAAUUUAUAAUUGACAACAUACUACCAAAUAUUCAAAUCACGUAUCCGACAAUGGUUUCAAUUAUUUGUUGAUUUCAAAAAGUUCAGUUUGAAAUUUGUAGCAAUUUAAAGUGUACCAGGUAUUUGUCUGCACCGAGUUUUUUUCAUCAAAUAUCUGUUUACAUCUAUUUCUAUAAGUCCUUUUGUUGGGAUAUUCAGGAAAAUAUCCCAAAAAUUAUCCUGUUAAGCCUAAUGCUUUCCUUGGACAUGAAAUGGUGUCAUCUUAUUGGUCAAUGUUUGUUUAACGUGUCAUUUUCCUACUGGCCAUUAUUGUACAAUGUUAUUUUCUAUUUUGUGGUACGUUGUGGUCUGCUUGACUGG